CUUGUCUAGCUGUCUACCGAAUCUAGUCGGGAAGACCACGAGCGAGGACUUUUCAAGUGAAAAUAAACCAAAUCGCUGGAUAUUUCCUCCCUUUUGCCACUCUAUCGAGUUUUGCGCUCGUCUCGCGUCAUGAAGUUCACUUUGUGUUCCGCUCGACACCCGGUGGCCAACUAAAAAGGUGUAGCCGUCGUCGCCCGAUGUCGCCACCACCUCAGCUGAGACUUCUGUUCAUGAAUGGAGGCGUAGCUCGCCAUCUGGCGCUCAACGGAUGACAGGACACUAGCGGACAUGGAGAUGGGGGAGACGCCAUACUUGCUCCCAGGCUGUUUUCCACGCUAAACUCUUCCUCUCAGGCAAAAGCUAUUUUUAUAUUUGCAUUCAGGGACUUUUUUUUGUUUUGUUUUUUUUGUUUUUCUUUUUCCUUGCUUGCUUUGCCAAGCCAUAGCUGUCUGCCACCAUCAUGGCAUCAGAGGGCUUUCAGUACCGUGCGCUGUAUGACUACAAGAAAGAGCGCGAGGAGGACAUCGACCUACACGUGGGCGACAUGCUGCUGGUCAGCAAGGGGGCGCUAUUGGUGCUCGGCUGCGGCGCCGGCACAGAGGAGCGACCCUCCGAGAUCGGAUGGCUGCCCGGCUUCAAUGAGUCCACGCAGGAAAAGGGCGACUUCCCUGGCACCUACGUGGAGUUUGUGGGUCGGAAGAGGAUGUCACCACCCACGCCCAAGCCCCGACCUCCCAGGCCGCCGUCGGCCGCGUCAAUGAGAACUGACUCUGAGUCUGAGGGCGUCAUGCUGCCAGACCUUCCAGAACAUUUUGGACCGCCCGAUACGGCCCCACCCCUCCUUAGCAGAUUGAUGGAGGCCAUUGAGACCAAAGGUAUAGACGGUCCUGGCGUGUACCGUGGCGUCAGUGGAGGAAGUUUGGACACGAGGCAGCUGGCCGACGCAGAUCUGGAGCAGAUGGAGGUGUCGUCCCUGUGCGACGGUGUGGUCCGCUUCCUGCAAGAGCUUCCCGGGCCUGUCCUGCCGUCCUCGCUGCAGGCUGACAUGAUCCACGCCGUGCAAGAGGUCCGAGACCCCGAGGAAUGCGCCCGGGUGUUGCUGGGCGUGGCCAGCUCUCCGGCAUGUGCCGCCCAGUACGGCCUGACCCUACUCAGCGUGGUGCGUCAUCUGGCCCGACUCUGCAUGCAUGCCGCCCGCAACCAGCUUAGCGUCCGAGGCCUUGCCGAGACCUUCAGCCCACUGCUUUUCAGACAGACCACCGCAGGGUGUGAGUCAGGUCCAGACCCUCUGAUCCAAGUCUUGGAGGUUCUGAUCAGCAGCGAGCUCAACGUGAACCAGGCUGCUCCAGCUUUACCUCCCAAACCUGCCAAGCCUUCCACGCCAGCCUCCGCCACUGCUUGCACGUUCAACAAUGGUAUGGCGCUGCACGACGCCGAGUGGUACUGGGGCGACAUCUCCAGAGAGGAAGUGAACGAGAAGCUGCGGGACACGGCCGACGGCACCUUCCUGGUCCGGGAUGCCUCCACCAAGAUGCACGGAGAUUACACGCUAACGCUCAGGAAGGGGGGCAACAACAAGCUGAUUAAGAUCUUCCACCGCGAGGGCAAGUAUGGUUUCUCGGACCCGCUGACAUUCAGCUCGGUGGUGGAGCUCAUCAAUCACUACCGGCACGAAUCCCUGGCGCAAUACAACCCCAAGCUGGACGUCAAGCUGCUCUACCCGGUCUCCAAGCAUCAGCAGGACCAGGUAGUGAAGGAAGACAGCAUUGAGGCAGUGGGCAAGAAGCUCCACGAGUACCACCUUCAGUACCAGGAGAAGAACCGCGAGUACGACAGGCUCUAUGAGGAGUACACCAGAACAUCUCAGGAGAUCCAAAUGAAGCGCACGGCCAUCGAGGCCUUUAACGAGACCAUCAAGAUCUUCGAGGAGCAGUGUCAGACGCAAGAUCGCUUCAGCAAGGAGUACAUCGAAAAGUUCCGCCGCGAGGGCAAUGACAAGGAAAUCCAGAGGAUCAUGGAGAACUAUGAAAAGCUACGCUCCCGCAUCAGCGAGAUCGUGGACAGCAAGCGCCACCUGGAGGUGGAUCUGAAAAAGCAGGCCGCUGACUACCGAGAGAUCGACAAGAAGAUGAACAGCAUCAAGCCAGACCUUAUCCAGCUGCGCAAGACCAGAGACCUGUACCUCAUGUGGUUGACCCAGAAAGGGGUCCGGCAGAGGAAACUGAACGAAUGGCUUGGCCUAAAGAACGAGACCACCGAGGACGAGUACAGCAUGGUGGAGGACGAGGAGGACCUCCCUCACCAUGACGAGCGUCUGUGGCGUUUGGGCAACAUCAACCGCAGUCAAGCCGAGUCGCUGCUAAGAGGAAAGAAGGACGGAACGUUCCUGGUCCGAGACAGCAGCAAGCCGGGAUGCUACGCCUGCUCUGUCAUGGUGGAGGGCGAGGUUAAGCACUGCGUCAUCAACAAGACGAGUACGGGCUUUGGCUUCGCUGAGCCGUACAACCUGUACGCGUCGCUGAAGGAGCUGGUGCUGCACUACCAGCACACGUCGCUGGUGCAGCACAACGACUCGCUCAACGUCACGCUUGCCUUUCCCGUCUACAGCCAGCAGAGGCGCUGACGUACCCGACCGACACCGCCGCCGAGCUCGGACGACUCUCCCUACUUCAUUCCAGCAUGGCUAACCCGCCCCCUCACGUCAAAUUGCAACGACUGUAUUUGGAGUUAUCACUCACUCCCGACUCGCCUGACUUUUUCGUAAGCUAUGUUGGCCAUAGUAUAAAAAUCUCUACACAGUGAUUAAGGAGUAGGGAAUGAUGAAUGGCUGCGUUUGGAAUCAUUCAUUAUUCCCGACUCCGACUUGAGUUUUAGUGGAGUUUUUAGGAACUCUCUAGUUCCACUAUAUAAGAAUUCCUAUAUAGUGAUGACGGAAUGAGUGAAUGAUGCUCAACACAGCCUCCUAACUUCUCAUGGUGGGUUUUCAGCUCUUUGUGACAAAAGCUGUGAAAUAACUGGGCACCCUGCCUCCUUCCACCCAUGGCUGAAUUUUGAAAAAUAAAAGGUACUGAAGUGGCAAAACUGCACUGUGACAAGUGGCCCACACCAUUCCAAAGACUUUUCUCCAGGACUCAGGUGCUUCUGUCGCUUCUUUUUCCAUUCCGGCCGGGGGGAGAAAAAAACCCUGAACAUUUCCCUGUAAGCUCAGUAUUUUCCUUCACGCUCUUAUUUUGAAAUGAUGCAAAACACUUUAUAGUUGACAAUUGUUUCCGCGUUUGGGAUCAAUAAACACAUUUUGUUCCUUA